AUGGAAACAGAAUCUUCAAGUUCUAAACGAGUUAAGAAAUCUAAAAAGGAUAAAACUUCAAAGAAGAAUAAAAAAGAUCGAAAGCAUAAGAAACAUAGUAAGAAACACGAUCGUCAUGAGGAAAAAAGUGGUGGUAGUAGUACUGAUUCUGGAACUGAGAAAUUCGAUCUCGACAACGCUGUUUGGGUUGAAAAGCAGAUCGGUCCGCCUUCCAUUCCGGUUUCUUCACAAGACUCCCUGAAACCGUUUGCAAACAAAUCGGUAUUUAAAAUGCCACAAAAUGAUGGCAUAUACGAAUCUUCAUCUAAAUCACCGCUUAAACGUCCUCGUUCACCAUCACCAUCACCGACAGUACCUUCAAUACCUCCACCUUCUUCAAAUCCUGCCACACCAACACUUUCUUCUAACGAAUUAAAUAAACUACAAGCAAAAGCUUUACGUGCUAGAAUAAUGAAUUUACCUAACGCCAGUGACUUGGAAAAGGAAUAUGAGAAUGCCAAACUAGCAGCAGAAGCAGCAGGGAAUAAUUCUGAUGAUGUAGAAUCAGAAACUCGGUUUGAGGUUUUACCAUUGCUGGAUAGUCGAGGAAGGCCUUACGAUCUUCAUGGCAUAACAUCAAAAUCUUCUCAGCAUGCAGGGUCUUCCCGUCAUAAAAAGGAAAAGGUGGAAACACAUGAUGUAACCGGUCAACGAGUACGGUAUUUCAAAAAUGAUGACGAGUUAACGUUGAUCGAUUUGGUACGCGAAGAAAAACUAGGAUCAAGGAAUAGAAUGGAUUCACAAAUUGCUGGAAGGAUAAUAGAUGAUUCAAAUUUUGAAGAUGAUUUAGAUUAUAUGGACGAAAAUGCUGAUAAAAUCGCCAAAAUUUCAGAAAAGUCCGCAGAACAAAAACGAUAUUUUGCUAUCGAAGAUUUUAAGAAAUCAAAGCAAGCUUUGGAAAAUUGUAUUUAUUGUCAAAAUGACAAUUCACCACCAAAAAUAGCAAUGGUUUCGAUGGGAUACAGGGUGUAUCUUGCUUUACCAAAUGUAGUAGAAGUGGCUAAAGGGCAUUGUUUGAUUGUACCUGUUCAACAUUGUUCAUCUACAUUAGAGUGCGAUGAUGAUGCAUGGGAUGAAAUACGGAAUUUUAUGAAAUGUUUGAUGCAGAUGUUUGCAGAGGAGGAUCGAGGUGUAAUUUUCAUGGAGACUGUAGUAAAUUUGAAAUAUCAAAAUCAUACAGUCAUUGAAUGUAUACCGAUGCCUUGGGAUUUGGCCCAAGAUGCACCAGCAUAUUUUAAGGAAGGCAUAAUGGAAAGUGGUGGUGAAUGGUCACAAAAUAAAAAGUUAAUAGACACAUCCAAAGCCGGUUUCAGGCGUUCAAUGGUUAAAGAGUUACCAUAUUUUCACGUUUGGUUUGGUUUAGAUAAAGGGUUUGGACAUGUUAUCGAAAAAGAAAAGUCUUUUCCCCGGUGGUUUGGCAAGGAAAUAGUUGCUGGUGUAUGUGAUUUACCACCGGAUGUUUGGAGACGUCCCAAAAAGCAUAACCCACGUGAUAAUAGCACACGUGUAUCAGAGUUUAUGAAAAAAUGGAAAAAGUGGGAUUGGACAACGAUGCUUGAGA